UGGUGUUGAGUGAGGACCUUGUAUCUCGUCGUCUCCUGGUAAAACUUUGGUCACAAAAGGCUGAUGACCUCAUAACUGAAUUAAAAUGGUAUAUACCCGAACGGAGGAGUGUAGCAAGACUGGACUGAACAGUGCUAAGUAAACUGAUAUCAUCUGGUGUUGAGUACAGCUCCCUGUGGCCAUGGCUGUGAAGGCGCGGAUGGAGGCUGUGCUUAACGUGGGCCUCCGCGUGCCCAGCAUAAUGCUGUUGGAGGUGCUUUACCGCUGGGAUGUCAGCUCCUUUUUCCAGAAGAUCCAGAGGAGUAGCCUGAACAACAACCCCCUGUUCCAGUACAAGUACCUGGCCCUCUACCUGCACUACGUGGGCUACAUCCUGAGCCUGGUGCUGCUCACGCUGCCACGGCAACACCUGGUCCGCCUCUACCUGUACGUGCUCACUGCCCUUCUGCUCUUCGCGGGACACCAGCUGUCCAGGGAUUAUGUUCGUAGCGAGCUGGACUCUGGCUACGAAGGACCCCUCUACCUUGAGCCACUCUCCAUGAACCGCUUCACCACAGCGCUCCUCGGUCAGCUGGUGGUGUGUACACUGUGCUCAUGCGUGAUGCAGACCAAGCAGAUUUGGCUGUUUUCUGCUCACCUUCUCCCCCUGGUGGCCAGGCUGUGCCUGGUCCCCCUGGAGACCAUCGUGUUCAUCAACCGCUUUGCCAUGAUCUUCACUGGCCUGGAGGUGCUCUACUUCCUGGCCUCCAACCUUCUGGUGCCCUACAACCUGGCCAAGACAGCCUACAGAGAGCUCGCACAGGUGGUGGAGGUAUAUGGGCUGCUUGCUCUGGCCAUGUCUCUCUGGAACCAGCUGGUCCUGCCUGUGCUCUUCAUGUGCUUCUGGCUAGUGCUGUUUGCCCUGCAGAUCUACACCUACUUCAGUACGCGGGACCAGCCACCGUCGCGAGAGAGGCUGCUCUUCCUCUUCCUCACUAGCAUUGCUGAGUGCUGUUGCACUCCGUACUCACUGUUGGGGCUGGUCUUCACGGUGUCGUUUGUGGCGCUGGGCGUCCUCACUCUCUGCAAGUUCUACCUGCAAGGCUACCGGGCCUUCAUGAACGACAACACCAUGCACAGGGGAAUGACGGAGGGCAUCACCCUGCUGAUCCUCUCUGUGCAGACGGGCCUGAUCGAGCUGCAGGUCAUCCACCGGGCCUUCCUCCUCAGUAUCAUCCUGUUCAUUGUGGUGGCCUCCAUCCUGCAGUCCAUGCUGGAGAUCGCCGACCCCAUAGUGCUGGCACUGGGGGCAUCCAGGGACAAGAGUCUGUGGAAGCACUUCCGAGCGGUCAGCCUAUGUCUGUUCCUGCUGGUCUUCCCUGCCUACAUGGCCUACAUGAUCUGUCAGUUCUUCCACAUGGACUUCUGGCUCCUCAUCAUCAUCUCCUCCAGCAUUCUCACCUCUCUGCAGGUCCUGGGCACGCUGCUCAUCUAUGUGCUCUUCAUGGUGGAGGAGCUACGCAAAGCUCCAGUAGAGAACAUGGACGAGGUGAUCUACUGCGUCAACGGCACGUACCGCCUGCUGGAGUUCCUGGUGGCGCUGUGUGUGGUGGCCUACGGUGUGUCUGAGACACUAUUCGGCGAGUGGACAGUGAUGGGUUCCACCAUCAUCCUGGCGCACGCCUACUACAAUGUGUGGCUGCGGGCGCAGCUGGGCUGGCAGAGUUUCCUGCUGCGCCGCGACGCCGUGCACAAGAUCCAGAGCCUGCCCAUGGCCUCUGCCCUGCAGCUGCAGCAGCACAACGACAUCUGCGCCAUCUGCUACCAGGACAUGAAGUCAGCAGUCAUCACACCCUGUGGUCACUUCUUCCACGCUGCCUGCCUGAAGAAGUGGCUCUACGUGCAGGAGACCUGCCCCCUCUGCCACGGCCAGCUCAAGAGCCAGUCACAGCCUGCCAACGCUGCCCCUGCCCCUGACAACCCACCAGCCAAUCAGAAUGCCCUGGAGGCAGAACGAGGAGAAGCGCAAAGGGAGUUUGCCAUGGAGGAGGCCACUCAAGCUGAACACGCCUCAGAUGUUGAGAGCUCAGCUGAGGCAGAGCUUGAAGGACAGCUGGGGGAGAAGGCUCCAGAAGCACCUGAUGAAUGUAAUUCACCACUGGUCAAAGAAAGCAGCGAAGGCCCUGUGGGAGGCCCGGAUAGUCGAGACGUGCCACCUGCUGAUUCAAGCUCUCCUUGCUCCUAAGCAGACCUGCGCUCCGUGGUGACCGCUAACAGUCACUCUGUCAUGCUGCCAAUGUUAGGGAGUGCUCCAGGGUCAUGGUCAAACUGCUCACACGUACACAGCGCCACACACCUGUAACCACCUUUUAUACAACCCACAUCACAGCAACAUCACAGCUGUUGUAGACCCAUUCACUAAUGUUGGACUACUGGAGAAUUACUGCUUGAUAUUUGAGUUGUACUGCACAUAUGUGUGAUGACUGCAAGCAAGUUUUUUUUUGUUUUUUUUUUAAUCCUUCAUUUUGACCCAAAAAUGAGAUUUAUUACUACUUAAUGGUAGUUUUUAUGUGAAAUUUAGUUUUUUUUGGCAGGCGGUUGCCAUUUACUUUUGUGAACAAGUGUUUAACUGAUCCUGAAUUUUCUAUUGCACUACAAAUGACUCGCAGUAAAUUCCUGGUUAUUCUAAACCUAAACCUCAGUUGAGUAACGUUACAUUUCACGGGACAUUUAAUUAAGAUUUUUUUCUCAACUGUGUUUUUAUUCUUCUUAUGUGGGUGUAGCAUGUUCUGAUGUGUCAACACUUGGUAAGGGAGAUUUGUAAUAACUGUUUCUGGAGUGGGUCUUUAGAGGCCCCGCACUAGCCCCCAAUCCAGUCAGUUGUAAGAGACAUGGCAGAUGAUAUAGCCCUACUCUUUUAAUAUCAAACCUCCUCAGUUGCCCUUCACAGCACAAACACAUGUUCAUUUGCUCAGGAGCUGGUUACCUAUGAUAGGACCUGGAAAGUCUUGGUGCACGCGUGUGUGCGUGCGUCUGUGUCGCAUACAUGCAUGCAUGCAUACAUACACACACAAAUAUUUUGAGAUUUAUGUGUGCACGGUUGUUUAACACUCGUAUGGCAGAAUGAUUAUUGUGGGAUGUAGGAGUUGUUCCAGAUGUGUGUGUAUUUUUGGAAGCUGAACUGCAGUCUGUUUAGACUCAGGAGGGGUUUUGGGUUUUUUUUGUUGUUGGUUUUUUUUUUGCCUUGCAUAAGCAUGCUACACAGCAUCCACUGUGUCCAAAAGCUUUUUUUUUUUUUUUUUUUUUUUUUAAGGAAACGUUGGCAUCAAUAGUAGACAAUCAAUGGAAAUAGGGAAUUAUAAAAUGAGUCACCUCUAAUGAUCUCUCCUCCUAAAAUACUACUUUUACCAUUUCAACUUGUUCCAUGGUUUCAUUCGUGUCCUUGAUCGUUACCAUAUUUUAUAAGGCAAGACAUGAUGGAUACUUCCCUUUGUAGGCCUUUUUACACAAAAUAUUUAGAGUAUUUCAAUCAGGCAAAAUGAUUGAUGCUUUAAAUAGGCACUUGAAGCACAGGUAUACUUGCACCCACUAUCUUGUCAUAGCAGGGACUCCAUCUAUGUGUAACUUGGUGUCUGUCUCGCUCGCCUUUGCACUGAUUAUAGCAAUGCUUCGGAGUCGCCCCGUACCCAGCACGAAGUCAUGGUGGGGUGCUGGAGGUACAGCCUAAUGUAAAUGUGUGUAUAUAUAUGUACUUGUUCUCGUUUCUCUCUCUCUCUCUCUCUCUCUCUUUAUAUAUAUAUAUAUAUAUAAAAUACCUUUUUUUUUUUUUUUUUUUUCCUUUUUUUUCCCUUCCUUUAUCCAUGUUUUGAUAUGCCGAUCAGUGUUCAAGCAGCAUCGUCAGUUAUGAUGUCGUCUCUGGGCUUAUGAGAACACAUUGCUGCCCUCUAGAGGUAGAAGUGGGAUUGAGUGCAGAGACUCGGAAUUGAGUUGGUGCUGCUACAGUUAAAGGCUCCUGCGUCACUCUGACAGUAUUAAUUGAGAAGUGUUGAUCUUGGCGGGUUUGUAGAUGAAUACAUGUACCAGUGUAUGAUUAAACAGAACGCCAAUUGCAACUAAUUGUGAUAGCUUUGCACAUUUUUUUUGAAGGAAAAUAAAAUGCAAAUGUAGGUAGUCUGAGUUGAGCUUUUUUUUUUGGAAGUAGCUUGUUUGGGGAUUCAUUCUUUACAGCCCAUUUUAUGAUUCUUUAGCCACUGUAUGAUCUUUAAUAAGAAUGAGAAACAUGGGCUACUGGGAGGGGACACCUCCCCACAAAGUUGUGUAAUCUGCUUUACGAGGUGAAUGUCAAAUAAACAUCUUAUUGCUUA